CAUCUGUGUUUCAUGCAACUUAGCCUGAAAGUUGCCAUGUGUCAUGAACUUGUCAACAGCUGUGGUCUGGAUUUGAGCAGCGGUCUUGAGUCUGUUCCCGUGUGGAUAGAAGGCAAAGUCGGCAAAGAUGAACUCCCCAAAUUUCAGUACUUUCCAGAUAAUGUUAAAGGACCAGGAUGCACCGUUGACCCCAGUGAAGUUACCCUCCCUGGAUGCUCCUGCCUCUCCCACUCCUGUGUGGCGGGGAGCUGCUGCUGCCUGCAGACAUAUGGACAGGCGUAUGACAGCGCUGGCACACUGCUGGACCUGAGGGGCUCCCAUGCUGCUUACUGCACACCUGUGUUUGAGUGCAACGCCCUGUGCAGCUGUGGCGACGCUUGCUCUAACCGGGUGGUCCAGAGAGGCCUCAGACUCAGGCUGGAGGUUUACGGCACCAAGGAGAAAGGCUGGGGGGUGCGGACGUUAGAGCCCAUUCCUUGUGGGACUUUUGUUUGCGAGUACGCAGGGGAGGUGAUCGGUUUUGACGAGGCCAAGCGUCGACAGCUCGCCCAGGGACCUGAGGAAAACAAUUACAUCAUUGCUGUGAGGGAGCAUGCAGGUCAAGGCCCCAUCACCGAAACAUUUGUGGACCCGGCUAUAGUGGGGAAUGUGGGCCGCUUUCUAAACCACUCCUGCCUGCCAAACCUGUUCAUGGUGCCAGUCCGCGUACACUCAACAGUGCCCAGACUGGCACUGUUUGCUGGCCGGGACAUUGAAGCCCAGGAGGAGCUGACGUUUGACUACGCAGGAGGCUACAGUAACCCAACUCCACUAGAGCUGUCCAUACAGGCCAGUAGGACAGAUGCACUCCAGAGGAAACCGUGUCACUGUGGUGCCCAGAACUGUGCCCAAUUCCUUCCACUGGAUGUAUCUAUUCUCAACUUUUGAUCGCAUUUGCGUCACAUUUGUUUUUAUCUGCCCAUGUUUGUCAACAUUGAUUUAUGAAUGAUGAUUUUUUUUUUUCUUUUUAAUUUUGUUUUGAAAACCUGUCUCCUCCAUUAGGUUUGCACAUGAUUUGUCAGCUUUUAUAGGCUCUCCGUUAAUGGCUAUUGCCGGCGAUAAGAAUGAGACAAUGCCACAUGUUGGCAGCACCACAAACACAGCCUGCUGGCUGAGUCAUGUCUAUGUCUGUCAUUGUUUCCUGGUUGGCCAUAUAAUUUGCCUCGGCCUCUGCUGCCCUGUCACUGUUUUACUGCUAGCACCCACUCUCUGUGAGAUGGCACAUCAAAACCUACCCUAUAUCCUAUGGCAAGAGAAACAAAUUUCAUUUUUUUUGUCAAAGAGUAGUCUUGCUAAAAGUCUUUAAGUGUCUGUUUCAUCUAUGAGGGAAUGAUUUUGCUAUAUAGGACAUGAACCAGAUUUGCAGUGUUGUGUCAUUUUAUUCUAAUGCAUACAAACCUCAUUCCUCGUGCAUAACAAGACUCUGGAUGGAGAGGGAGCAUGCCACACUUGCAUGCCAGAGACAGAGUAAAGCUAAAUACUGUAGUUUCAUUAAAAUAGGCUACAGAUCUGAUCCGUAUGCCCUUAGAGUUGCACUAGUUUUGUGCAAGGAGAAGCUGUCUCCCUCCAAAAUAAGUCCAUAUUCACAACUGAAGUAAUAGAAGUUACAUCUCACCAUCAACUCAACAAUUCCUUGUAUUCCUGCAGCUCAGUCUCCCCUUGAAGGUAUUCUCAUCUUCUUAUUGCUCUCAAACCUCAGGAGAAGUGGGAGCAAUUAAAAAGGGCCAGAGGGUGUUUUUUAUAUAGUAACGGGUUUUAUUCCCCUGGCAAAGGAGGGGCGAAGGUGUCCCACUUUAGUGUGACCAUUCUGAAAUCAGGACCCUCUCCUCACAAUCUGCCCCAUUUCCAGUCUAGACCUGCUUUCAUCUUAUUAAUAUCCACAUCUGGGUUAAUUAGAAGGGAGACCAUGUUCCAUCCAGAAAUGGGACCAGCGCUCCAGUCACGUUGGGGCUGAGCGAGACUAAAUGAUGUGGAGCUGGAAGCCCUCUGCCUGUCAGAGACCACCAUCAUGUUGAUUGUUUUUUUGUGUCACCCAGCAGAAAGGUGAAUGGCACAGGGUGUUGUAUAUUGACCUAUAUUUUCUCGUCUAUGAGGUUUACCAAGGAUGAUUUUUUUUUUUCCUGUGCAAAUUAGACCAGUUUUUGCAAUGUCACUGAUUGCAUCUGCAUUGACAUUUCUGGGACAUUUUGUGUUUACAAAUGAAAUAAAUCCAACUUGUUAAAAAUGAA